AAUUUUUUAGUAGUUCGAGUGUGAAAAUUCAACUCCCUAAAAUCUCAAUGUGUCCCUUUCAAUCUUCCCUUCACUUCCAUUCAAACCCCAUCAUAAUCAAUCUUCAAAAAACUUAAAACCAAAAAAAAAAAAAGAAAAAAAAAGCAAAGAAGCAGUCAAGAGUGGUUUUUGCUGACUUCCCUUCCCUCUCUUUCUUUGGGUUUCCGUGUCCGCGUCUUCUAAUUGGUUCUAUUACUCGGUCAGCCCCCAGCCCACUUUGCUGUUUCAUCACAUUUCACUGACGAAUUUUGAUAAUUCGCCCUCUUGGAAAAAUAAAAAUUUGCUGAAUCUUGAUUAUUCUUGGUAAACCAUAUUGAAAUUUACUGUAAUCUAAUCCCAUUUGUGUUGGCCGAUCAACAUUGCAUCUUUACAGGUAAGGCGUAAAAAUCUUGCCUUUUUUUGCUGUUUCGGUUGUGGAAAUUUGGUUUCUUGAAAUGGGGGGAGUGUGCUCAACUGGGGUGAGCAAGAAGAGUAGGUUUGAGUCAGAUAUAGAUGCGGGUUACCACCAUGAAAAUCAUCAGAAGAAUUAUUCUGGGUUUUCUGGGAAUCUCAAAAAGGGCAAGGCUUCAGGUGGAAAGCAGCAGAAUAAGAUUGAUGAUUCUUCUAAUGCAUAUUCCGAUUUUGAGUUUGCGGACAUACCUUCUAAUAAUUUGUAUGAUUCCGGCGAGCUGAAAAUUUCCAUUUCCAGAGAAUUAAAGCCUUCCACACCUGCUAGGACACCGACACCUCCCAAGGUAAUACAUAUACUAUAUUUGCUUCUUAUGUAAUUUUUCACAUUUUGAUGAGUCUAAUUCGUGUAGAUUCGUUUUUAAACAAUCUAUUUGUGAGCUUCAUUGUUCAUAUACCGUCUGCUUAAAUUUGAUAUAUAGAAGUAGAUCGUUUUCCAUAAUUUUCUGGUUGGCUAUUGUGGAGGUUAGAAAUAGGUACAAUGUACACGACUGUGGCUUCGGGCUGUUUUGCGGACUAUGGAUAACUAUAUGUAUUAUCUCACAACUGAGGGGAUCAAGUUUAGAUUCUGUUGGAAAUCGUCAUCUAUGCUAUGACCAUAGUUUGUGGAAAAGACUGUUUGGAAGGUUGGGUUAACUUUUGAUGUGUCGUUUAAGUACAAAUUUGAAGAAGGUAGAUGCAUAAAUACAAUGAAGCUUUAAUAGAUGCCAUGGAGAAAGUGAUAUCUGGAAAACAACGAAGCUGGACUGAAGCUGCAGAAGAAGUAGAAGAAUUGUGGAAGAUUUGAAUGUUAUUAAUUUAUUAGCUGCAAUUUGAUCCACAAUCUGGGAAUCUGCUGCUUUGUCCAUCAAGCAAUCAAGAAUUAUGACCUUGAUGGUAAUGAUUUUUUUCCAGAGAAGUUUAGGGGUUUAUGCGAGUGAAGCAAAAAGUUCAGUCAGGGACAGUAAGCUUGGUCUUUUGACUUCUUUUGUAUUAUGUUUAUCUACCAUCAGGCAAAGUUCUUAUCCAAUGUCACUCUGAAAGUCCUGGUAAACUCAGCUUUUGCAAAUACUAGAAAUUCCCUUUUGCAAGUCUUCCUCAGUUCUGGCGAAAGCAGAUAUUACAUGCUUCGGUCAUGCAUAAAAUUACCAGAGCUAACACUUAUCGAUAUAUUGAGAUUGUCUCUUCCCUGCAAAAUGAAGCCACUAUCCUGUUGGGUUUAUCGGCAUCUAAUAGAUAUGUCUGCUAGAUUGGUUUUGGCAGCAUCUGGACAAGCAUUGCUUGUGAAUUGUGAAUUGUGUUCCUAUAAUGCACUUUAUACUGACAUGGGCUUUUGCAUAAAAAAUAUAAGAAAUCUGAAAGUUUCAGCCCUCAGAUAUUGAAAUGUGCAAACGUGAAACAUGUUAAGAGUGUAGUUCAGCAAGUUCCCAAGAAACACUAAUUCGGAGAACCUUUUUGUGGUUACAGCUGUUUGGCAUUGCUUAGAAGUGAGUUUUGAGUAUGAGUGCUGGUUCAAGAACUUGGUUGGCAAAUAAUGCAGGAAGUUUAUCUGCUAUGAAAUGCAUAUUUGUUGUAAAUUGCAAGUUCUUCAUCAUCAUUUUUUGAACCAUAGUUUGCAGAUAGACACAGUAUGACGAUUCUUAUGUCUACUUCUUGUGGUGACAGGGGACUCAAGUUAGCUCUUUCCUUGGCAAGGCAGGAUUAGCAGGACUAGAAAAGGCAGUUGAUGUGCUCGAUACAUUGGGUAGCAGCAUGUCAAAUUUAAAUAACAGCGGAUUUAUUGGUGCUGUGGCUUCAAAAUCAAAUAAAAUAUCUAUUUUGGCAUUUGAAGUUGCCAAUACUAUAGCCAAAGGAGCAAAUUUGUUGCAAUCACUUUCUGAAGAAAAUAUUCACUACUUGAAAAAGGAGAUUCUACCUUCAGAAGGGGUGCAAUUGCUGGUUUCCACAGACAUGAAGGAGCUGCUCAGCAUUGCUGCCGCUGACAAAAGGGAAGAAUUUGAUGUCUUUUCCCGUGAGGUAAUCAGAUUUGGAGAUUUGUGUAAAGACCCUCAAUGGCACAACCUUGGUCGAUUUUUCUCAAAGUUGGACUCUGACCCUAUCAGUCCCAAGCAGCCUAGAGAAGAAGCAAAACUUACAAUGCAAGAAUUGACAACACUUGCUCAACACACUUCCGAAUUAUAUCAUGAAUUACAUGCUUUGGAUAGGUUUGAACAAGAUUACCGUCGCAAGCUUGAGGAAGUGGAGUCCUUGCAUCUACCUCGUAAAGGAGAAAGUCUCAUGAUGUUGCACAGUGAGCUGAAACAUCAAAGAAAGCUGGUCAGGGGCUUGAAAAAAAAAUCUCUUUGGUCUAAAAGUUUGGAAGAGGUUGUGGAGAAGCUGGUUGAUGUAGUUACCUUUAUCCUUCAAGAGAUUUCAGAGGUUUUUGAAGACAAUGGUUUGGUUUCGGGUGGCAAAGAGUACAAAGUGGAAAGACUUGGUGUUGCGGGUCUUGCUUUACAUUACGCAAAUUUAGUUACUCAAAUUGACAACAUUGCCUCACGCCCAACCUCCCUUCCUCCAAAUAUGAGAGAUACUUUAUACAAUGGAUUGCCUCCUACCAUCAAGAGUGCUCUUCGCUUUCGGUUACAGACCGUUGAUAUAAAAGACGAGCUUUCGGUUCAUGAAAUAAAGGCCGAAAUGGAGAAAACACUACAGUGGCUUGUUCCAGUAGCUGCGGACACCACAAGAGCACAUCAAGGCUUCGGAUGGGUUGGAGAGUGGGCAAACACAGGGAAUGAGUUUGGGAAGAAAACAAGCACAACUAGUAAUAUCAUCCGCUUACAGACCCUGUAUCACGCUGAUAAGAAGAAGAUGGAUUCGUACAUCCUCGAAUUAGUAACUUGGCUUCACCGUUUGAUCAGCCUGGUCCGGUAUAGAGAUAAUGGAGCCAAGGUGGUUGUCCCAACUCGGUCACCAGCAGCUAACAAGGGACUGCAAGGGAUUCCGGGGAACAAAAAUGGUAAAGUCCGCAGUGCACACAUUUCAUUGGAAGAUAGGAAUUUAUUGAAUGAAGUGACUAGGAGGCGAAAAAUGGUUCCGGUCCGAAGCAAAAGCCAAGAAUUCCUUGUAACUAAGAAAGCAAGAUCGAAAAUCUGGGCAUUGAGUAGGAGUACAGGAAGCUCCCCAAGAGUAGAGUUGGGACAUCAACCAAAAGCUAAUGUUUUAGACAUACUAGAUGGGCUAGAUACAUCAUUUUGA